CCUCCUUAAGUGCCCGGAGACACAAGCCCUUCUCGCUGGAGCUCAUGAUUAUGCAGUAGCCUUAUUAGCUUGGCCCGCCCCUACGCCCCGCCCGGUUCCCCCCUAGGCGGUAGCAGCGGCAGAGGCAGCGGUGGCGACAUGAGCAGCGGGGCGGCGUCCGGGACAGGGCGGGGGCGGCCCCGGGGCGGGGUGCCGGGACCCGGGGACCCCCCACCCAGCGAGACACACAAGCUGGUGGUCGUGGGCGGCGGCGGCGUGGGCAAGAGCGCGCUGACCAUCCAGUUCAUCCAGUCCUACUUCGUGUCUGACUACGACCCCACUAUUGAAGACUCCUACACGAAGAUCUGCACUGUGGAUGGCGUGCCAGCCCGGCUAGACAUCCUGGACACCGCUGGCCAGGAGGAAUUUGGUGCCAUGCGGGAACAGUACAUGCGUGCAGGCCACGGCUUCCUGCUGGUGUUUGCCAUUAAUGACAGGCAGAGUUUCAACGAAGUGGGCAAGCUUUUCACACAGAUCCUUCGAGUCAAGGACCGAGACGACUUCCCCGUCGUGUUGGUUGGCAACAAGGCAGAUCUGGAAACACAGCGCCAGGUCCCCCGAUCUGAAGCCUCCACCUUCAGUGCCUCCCACCACGUGGCCUACUUCGAAGCUUCCGCCAAACUGCGCCUCAAUGUGGAUGAGGCCUUCGAGCAGCUGGUGCGGGCCGUCCGGAAGUACCAGGAACAAGAGCUCCCGCCCUCCCCGCCCAGCGCCCCCAGGAAGAAGGCCAGAGGCUGCCCCUGUGUCCUCCUGUAGGGACCAGCUGCUCUCGCCGAGCACCCUUCCCCAUCUGGGUCUCCCAGGACACACUACACCCCCACCCGCGAUUCCUGGCCUCCCUCCCGGGGGCCAUCACACGCUGUGCCUUCUGUCACCGCUGCCUUCCCCCACCCGAGCCCCAGGGUGAGGGCUCCCGGGCACCCGGGUCACUGCUGUAUAUAACUCCCCUCCCCAGAGAAAUAAACGUCACUGCCAAGAA